GAAUAACAGACAUUUUGUGUAUUAUUGAUCGUUUCCCGGUACUUUCUUGACAGAGUAGUAUAAUAAAAUUGCAGUUUAAAUGUAUUUACAGGAAAAAAUAGAUGCCAUCUUUUUAUUAGGUCCUUAUUUGUUUCAAUGUUAACCCCUAAAUUGACAGAGUGUAGCCGGCUGGACACCAAUAAAAAGUAAAUUUGUAAGCGAGUAUACUGAUUAUACCAACAAUUUUUUUAUUCUGAUAACUCCACAAUAUCGUAAGCAUUUGGUAGAAAAAUAAAUUAGAUACCUGGCAACAUCUAAAUAUGUCAAAAAUCAAAACGAUGUCGAAGCAACGGUCGGUUAAUGCAACACAGGUAAGUUUUUCAAUGUUUUUUCAUAUAUAGAAAGGUUUACAUGGGUUCGCUAUGCAUUAUAUAUAAUUUCAAAGUGACGGUUUAUUAUAUGGUAUCAAAUAAUAACUCAGUACUGCAUCAAUAACGUUGUAAAUUGCACUUAAAACUAGUUGUCCAGUAUACUUCACACUGCCAAUUGCUCACAAUGCUAUCACUGUUUUUGUUUGGGAAGUGGGUUGGACAAUGCCAACUAAUUAGUAUUUUGGUUUGGUGAUGGUUGCAUGUAUCAAAUGAGCUUUUUCCUUUUGUUUUAGCGAUUGAUACGCUCCCGCACGCAUAGACUAGUUGCUUUGAUACCGCCUGAACAUGCAUGCUCCGAUUCCAGUGACGCUUCGUCUACCGAAGAAAUUGAACUUACAAAUAAAACUUUGAAUAACCAUGAUUCUUCCGAUGAUAGCAGCUUAAUCUCAGUCGAUUCCGCCUUAGAAGCUUUGAAUAUUUUAGAAUCUUCCGAAGAUGAAAAUACAGAUAACAAUUCAAUUCCACUCACACCAAUUUUACAAAAUGUUUUUCCAUCACAAAAUGAACCAAAUUACGAUGCCAUCCCUUCUAUAAGUUCUUUACCAUCACUUGGUUCAGUGCAAAUUGGCCAACCAUCCAUUGAUACAUGUUCCACUAGAAAACGUAAAAAAGCGCAGAAAAAGAAAGUGAUUUCAAAAAAAGUCAAAUCGACUAAGAAAUUUGUUUUGAGUUAUAAGUGGAAGAAGGAUUUAUUUUUUCAUCGGGCUGAGAUUGAUGAAAUUACGCCGCUGAUGCCGAGUGAAGACGAACAACAACCUCUUUCGUUCUUUUAUCGUUUUUUUUCACCAAAUAUAAUAAAAGACAUAGUAGAUCAAUCGAAUCUGUACUCUGUUCAGGUAAAAGGAAGAUCCAUACAACUAACUCAUGAAGAGUUUCUAACUUUUAUUGCAAUACAAAUUUUGAUGGGUGUGGUACAAAUGCCUAGCUACACUGAUUAUUGGAGCCGCAGACUUAGAUUUACAAAUAUCGCCGAUCUCAUGCCACUAAAGCGAUAUCAAACAAUUAGACGUUACAUACAUUUUAUCGAUAAUAAUUUGGACGACGGUGAUAGAUACUUCAAAGUUCGGCCAGUAGUGGAAAAAAUUAGGCAAAACUGCCUGAAGAUACACGAGGAACAAAAUUUCAGUAUAGAUGAGAUGAUGAUUCCCUAUAAAGGGACCAAGGCGGGAAAUAGAAGACAAUAUAUUCAAAAUAAACCAAAUAAGUGGGGGUUUAAAAACUUCGUUCGCGCGGGAGCUUCAGGCUUAAUCUAUGACUUUAUUUUAUAUGGAGGGGAGGACACAUUUAGAAAUUAUACUUUCACACAGGAUGAGAUUUCUAUAGGUUUAGGAGGGCUAGUUGUUAUAUGCAUCAAUAAUGCAUGGCUUUUGUAUCGGCAAAAUAAAAAUAAGGAAAAAUCGUUGAAAGAGUUCAGGAUAGAUAUAUAUGAAAGUCUUCUGAAAAAAGGAAAACCAGUUAAGGAACGGAGUGAUUUUACAGAAGAUAUAAAAGAAGAAAGAAAAAUUAAGAAACCUGUAGUAGCGAGACCAAUUGAAGAAAUUCGCUAUGAUCAAGUAGGCCAUUUUCCCGAUUCAUGUAGUUAUGGGAGAUGCCGCUACUGUAAGGAUGGUAAAACAAAUGUUAUAUGUAUUAAAUGUAACCAAAGACUAUGUUUUGUCGCCGGAAAAAGAAAUUGUUUUUUAAAUUUUCAUAAAAAAUAAACAUAUUAAUUAAUACUUAAAAUCAAUUUUUCAUUUAUUUUUCCAUUAUUAUAAUUAUUUAUCUUACAUACAUUUCAGUCUGUUCAUUGCUAAGUAUUUGGUAGUGUCCAGUAUACUUCACAUAUCGUUUUCAGAAACCUGAAAGGUUCAGAAUUUUAUUUCUAUUUUUUACUAUGUCCAAGAAGUGCUAGAAAUCGAAUCACGUUGUUAAAACUUCAAUUUUAUUGUUUUGAUUGUUCUGCCAAUUAAAGGGUUAUAUUAUUAAAUACCUUGUUCAAUGUUACUAGAUACAGAACUUACAUUUAUGGAACUGGAGUUUAAUUAUUAGGUAUAUAUGUAUUUUUCAUUCCUAUUUUUCUAAUGAUCGGUAGUAAUUUUUUUACGAAAUAAAUAAAUAACAAUGUCAGUCAACAAUAGUAUUACAUCAUUAGACUAUUCCGAUUGUUUGAGUCGGAAUAAAACGGUGUAAUAAAGAUUUGUAACUAAAAUAGAGACGACUGGCUGCCACAUUAGGAUCUUAUCUUAUACUAUUAUAUAAAGCGGAAGAGUUUGUUUUUUGUUUGUUUGUUUGAACGCGCUAAUCUCCGUA